UGUCUUUCUACCUCUCUAGAAUUGUAGUGGAAUUUUCUUUCUUCUUGUUUUCCUCAUUCAAAUUACAAUAGUUUUCAAGACUCUGCCUUUUUUCCUUCUCUGCUAAGCUUUUUUCACCUAUUUUUGCUAUUUAGAUCUCAACUUUUAUACUUUGCUUUCCCUCUGUAAAUUUCUUGUUUUGUAGCAAAAUUCAGAGAGUAGGAAAGUUUUCUUGAAAUGGCCGGCCGUUAUGAUCAUAACCCUUUUGAAGAAGAAGAAGAAGUUAACCCUUUUGCUGAUGGAGGAGGCAGAGGGAAAUCUUCAGGGAAAUCAAAAUUUAGUGGAGGUGCAUUUUAUACCACAUCUGGGAGUGUGCCUCCAGCAACAAACUCCAGACUUUCACCCCUUCCACCAGAACCAGCUGAUUUCUAUGACCGCAAUGCGUCAAUCGAUAUUCCUCUUGACAAUGCUUCGGACCUGAAAAAGAAAGAAAAAGAAUUACAGUCUAAGGAGAAUGAAUUGCGGCGGAGAGAACAGGAUCUUAAAAGGAGAGAAGAUGCUGCGGCAAGAGCCGGCAUUGUUCUCGAGGAGAAAAAUUGGCCUCCGUUCUUCCCUAUCAUCCAUCAUGAUAUUGCAAAUGAAAUACCAAUUCAUCUUCAAAAGCUACAAUAUGUUGCAUUUACAACUUUCUUGGGACUUAUUGCAUGCCUAUUAUGGAACAUUGUAGCUACCACUACAGCGUGGAUUAAAGAAGGAGAUGUAAAGAUCUGGUUCCUUUCUAUCAUUUACUUCAUAUCGGGUGUUCCUGGAGCCUACUUCAUGUGGUAUCGUCCUCUGUAUCGUGCUUUUAGAACUGAGGGUGCCAUGAAGUUUGCGUGGUUUUUCUUGUUUUACGUGGUUCACAUUGUAUUCUGCGUCUUUGCUGCUGUUGCUCCUCCAGUAGUCUUCAGAGGAAAAUCCCUUACAGGCAUCCUGCCUGCGGUGGAUCUCAUCGGCAAAAAUGUACUUGUUGGGAUUUUCUACUUCAUCGGUUUUGGGCUAUUUUGUCUCGAGUCAUUGCUGAGCAUUUGGGUUAUCCAGCAAGUAUACAUGUAUUUCCGAGGAAGUGGUAAAGCCGCACAGAUGAAGCAAGAAGCUGCUAGAGGGGCCCUUAGAGCAGCAAUAUAAUUGAAAGAAAUGUUCUUGGGAGAAGGCUGUUAUGAAGGGUGGGAGUUGGCUACCUCAGUUGGGCUGAUAUUUCUUGUUUUCAUAUAUGUUUUAGUUAGUUCAAUUACACAAAUAUGCUGCUUGUUUGUUUACAUAUGCUUUUAGUGAUUAUUUUUAUGAUAUGAUGUAUGUUUUAUUUAUGACUACUUAGACCAAAGUGCUGUUAGAAAAAAGAUAUUAUUAUUGAUCUUUUGUCAAUACUCA